CUCGUGCUGUCGUCCUCUGAUCCCCAUCCUAACCUCCACCAAUAAAACAAUGGAGACCAAAAGGCACCAGAUUCCCUCCUAAACAAUCUUCAGAACCACUACUUAAACCCCCUAGAAAACCAUUAAGCCAUCAUCUUCUCCUGGACCUCUGAAGAAAAAAAAAAACCCACCGCCAUGGACACGAGGAAGAGAUCGUCGUCACCAUUGCCUUCUCCGAACGCGCCGUCCUUGGCCCUCCUGCUGCUGCUCGUCUUCAUCGCAGCAGAAACCGCCGGCCGCCACCGCGCCGCGGCGCAGGUGUUCUGCCGGUCGCAGUUCAACCUGGCCAACGAGGCCUGCAGCCUGCGCACCUUCUCCGGCCCCAACCCGGCGCAGCCGCUGCGGCUGCACAGCAACGGCUCCUCGUCGGCGUCCUACGAGCUGCAGGCGGACCACCACGACCACGGCCACCACGGCCACGAGCGGGAGCACACCGCCCACAGCCGGCGGCACGGGCUCGGGCACGGCGGCGGCCGCGACCCCUACGACACCGCCUGCUGCCGCCGCCUCAUGGGCAUCGACAACGCCUGCAUCUGCCAGGCCAUGUCCUUCCUCCCGGUGUUCAUGAGCAAGGUCAAGCACGCCAUCAAGCUCAGCCCCGUCCCCGGGUGCGACGUCUCCUUUGAGUGCGGUGCCAUCUAGUGAAAUCAAGCUGGCAAGGGCGGCAGCAUCGAUCAUCCAGAACCUAUUUUCCGUUCUUUGUGCCUAACUUUUGAACACAAUAAACUAUGGGAAAAUUCGAUUCAUGCCACCACAACUCCGUGAAAUUGGGUGUCAUGUUGAAAAUCAUGCCACUCAAUGGCAUGAUUUUCAACAUGAGAUCCAAUUUCAAGAAAUUAGAGUGGCAUGGAUCCAACUGACCCAUAAACUAUUGGAUACCUUUUUGAAUUAGAGCGUGGUAGCAUUAGACAUAUAUGUAAUCCAUUCACUAUAUAAACUGCAUUGGGAGCAAAUCAUGCAUAUAUGUGUUAUCCUGAUAUAUAGCUUUAGUAAAUGUUUUUGGAGUUUAAAGUAAUGUUCUUAAGAAAGUGGAACUCCAAUUUGCAUUUCAGAUACUACUACGCUUCCAGGGUAUGGUGUUGCAGAUGUGCAAACUCUUGUUACAACUUCAAUGUGUAAUGCCAAUAUACAAACCUUUUUCAAAAUCCAAAUUUCAGCAGCUCUAAUAGAUCAGAAGACUCAAGACAAAGAAAAAAAACGAAUGGAUAACUUCUCUUAGGACAAUUAUCGAAAGGAUGUAGACAUGCACAGAUGCUGCAAUGUCAGCUCUGAAAUUAGAAUAUUUACAUACUU